AUGCUCGACUGCCUCCUCGUCCUCGUCCUCUCCGUCGCCAGCACGUCCCUGGCCGGCCUCACCACCACGACGGACACCACCACAUCUGCACCCUCGACCACCACCGCCCCCCCCAAGCCGACGCACUCGGUGAGCUGCAGCUACGAGUACUGCGACGGGACCUCGUCUUGGUGCUAUUACUGGGCCGGCAUCACCGCCUACGAUCCGAGCCGUGGUCCGAUACCGGGCGUGACGCGCUCUCCCCUGGGAUCCUGUGAUCCCGCUACGUACUUGGUCAACACUACGAUCGACUCGGGCUUGAGAAAAUGA